GAGAGAGAGAGAGAGAGAGAGAGCUUCAAUGGAGGAAGACGAUGAAGUGAAGCAAAGAAGUAAACUUGAAGAGAAACAUUCUGAUGAAAGAAGAGAAGAAGAAACAGAAAUGGAUUGUCCCUCGCAUCAUCCCCCGCCUCCACCUGAUGAGGUGUUCGACCUUGAUACUACAGUUGAUCCUAGCUAUGUAAUCUCACUGAUAAGGAAACUCCUUCCUAUCGAUUCGGGAAGUGAAGAACGUGAUCAAAGCACCGAGUUAAGGCAUAUGAAUGCCAACACUGCGGUUCAAGCUUGGUCUGGAGAUGGGUUUGUGGAUGCUGCUUCUAAGGGUGAUCCAGAGAGCAUGGACAUUGGAGGUAACCGUAAAGAUUCCACUUCCGAGGAGAAGGACAAGGCGAGUUCAUCAGUGGAAGAGGCAUGGGAAGAGCAUGGUUGCGUUUUGUGGGAUCUUGCCGCCAGUGAAACCCAUGCUGAGCUUAUGUUACAUAACCUCAUUUUACAAGUGCUUCACGCAAACCUUCUAGUUUCAACAUCUGACCGCAUUCGAGAAAUAUCUCUCGGGAUUAUUGGGAACCUUGCUUGCCAUGAAUCUCUGUUGAAACACAUUGAGUCUACAUCCGGACUCGUCAAUACACUUGUGGGGCAGUUGUUUCUCGAUGAUACUCAAUGCCUAACUGAAGUUUGCAGGAUACUCACCACAGGUCUCUAUGGAUCUGGAUGCAAUUUUUGGGCUGAGUAUUUGCAGUCUGAUGAUAUACUACGCCGUAUUUUGUGGAUUGCGGAAAAUACCUUGAAUCCUCAUCUUAUUGACAAGAGUGUAGGGCUAUUGUUAGCUAUCUUAGAAGAUCAAUCAGAGGUUGGGAAGCUACUGAUCCCUCCACUAAUGACUCUAGGUUUGACGAGUCUGUUGAUCAAUCUUCUUUCCUUCGAAAUGAGCAAGUUGAUAAAAGAAAGAGUUACAGAAAGGUACUCCGUUCUUGAAAUGAUUUUCCGAGCUGUUGAAGCCCUUUCUGCUUCAGAUACUCAUUCUAAAGAGAUUUGCUCUAGCAAACAACUUUUUCACUUAGUCUGUGAUCUUAUGAAACUUCAGGACAAAGCCGAGGUGGCUGCAUGUUGUGUUACUGCAGGAGUUUUAGUCGCAAAUAUUCUGUCGGAAACAGUCAGUUUCAUUCAAGAAGUAUCGCAAGAUUUUUCUUUCUUGGAAGGUUUAUUCAGUACUUUACCAUUUGCUUCGGAUGACGUAGAAGCAAGAGGAGCUCUUUGGAGCGUUAUUGCUAGGUUACUUGCCAGAGUUAAUGAGUCUGAGAUAGACACAUCUUGUGUGAGACAGUACAUAUUGGUUUUCCUAAGGAACUCAGAUAUUAUAGAAGAUGAUCUUCUUGAUAUCCAACUAGAAGAAGAUCCAAAAGAGGAGUCUCUAAACUCAUUCCCUUCCCAGGGAAAGUCAAGCGCGCGAAGGAUUGCUAUACAAAAGAUUGAGUCGAUGUUGAACAAUUGGAAUAUUCGCAAGGAGGAAAGCAUGAAUGGGGACUGCUCUGUAAACACAGCUGAUGUUAAAAGACUAUAUGAUUGCUGUCAAAGAUAUAUCAAAUCAGUUGAAGGGUCUUAACUCAUGGGGAAUAUUUCGCUUAUAAGUUCUCAAUCUUCUCUGUCUUUCAUGGUCAACCAAGGCAUCAUCACAUAUUGACACAUGAAGUCGCAAGCUUUAAGAAAUCGCCGACCCAGUGAGCUUUUGAACAGACAUAUGUUCAGGUUAGAACUUGCCUGUGUGUUCUCAUAGUCAUAGAUCACUUAAGACACUGUCUGAUAAAAUGUAAACCAGAGAAAGAGAUUAGGGAAAAAAACUCAAAUUUUCAGAACGAGAAGAUUCAGAGUCUCUAGAUAAAUCUCGAUUGUCU